UGUAAAAAUAGAAAGACACGAAAUUCUUGUGAGACAGCCUGUCGUCUCAAACAAAAACCAAAAGUUCAUUCGCUUGGAGAAUAUGCAAAUGAGACUCCGCCCCUCGCUCUGACGUGGCCUAUCGUGAGUGAGCAGAAAAAAAACGUUAGCGUUCACUCACUUCGACUUCAGCUUGCUCGUUCGCUCCAGUCUCCAGUCUGCCUUCAGAUCUACACCAAGUCGGAAGCAAGAAAUAAACUCUCUUCAAUUCUCCAGGAAUUUAAAAUGGAACAAGAAGCAAAAUCACUGGGACGUGGCCGGGCCAAAGGAAGAAAUCGGUUUGUCCCACAAGGUGCUCCAGCAGGGAGUGACAUCGACAGUGAUGCUUCAGUCAUGUCAUUUUCAACGGCGUUGGAAAUUGAUUCGAUCAGUCUUCGGGACAACGACGCUGGCUCUCAGUCGAGUUCGAGCACCUACGCUCCAUCGUCUACCGUCACGGGAACAACUGACAACAUGAGCAGCGAUGAAUCAGUCUCGACGACGCGACAGUCUACUGAGACUGGAUCCUCGGGUGGUAGGACAUCAACAUCCAACUACUCGCAGGAGUCAUCGAUUGUGAAAACAAUCAACGAUGGCUUCAACAAAGUGGGAGAGGAUGGCCACAAAGUGCAGGUGGUGACCAACUACUACCAAAUGAACGAGACUCCCGACUUUCAUCUAUAUCAAUUCCGGGUCGACUUUACCCCUGUUGAAGACAAUACGUCUAUCAAGAAAGCCCUCCUACGCCAACAUGAAGACACUUUGAACAAGUAUGUCUUUGAUGGAUCUGUUAUGUACAGGACCCGGCUGAUUCCCAAGGAGUUUCAGACGUUGCACGCUACUAGUGUUGCGGGAAACGUGGCCUACACCAUCACCAUCCGCUUGGUUGGACAAGUGAACCCAGAAGAUUCCAUGUAUCUUCAAUUUUACAAUAUCGUCAUGCGAAAGACCAUGACAUUAAUCAACAUGGAAGAAUUGGGUAGGAAUAUGUAUGACCGGGCGGCGGCCAUAAAGUUUCCGCAAGACCGGUUGGAACUGUGGCCUGGGUUUAUCACGGCCAUUCGGAAUCACGAGAGGGGAACGCUCUUGUGCGUUGAAGUGACUCACAAGGUCCUUCGAACUUGUACCGUCCUGGAUUUGAUGCGGGCUAUCAAGCAGCCUGGAAUGUCCGCCAACGACUUCGAGAAAGCUGUCCGAGCCGAAAUCGAGGACACGAUUGUCAUGACGCACUACAACCGGCGAACUUACACCAUCUCGGAUGUGGACUUCAAGGCCACCCCUGCAUCGAGCUUCCGUGGACAGGAUGGCUCAAUCCAGACAUAUGCAGAGUACUACCAAUGUAGGUACAACAUUACCAUCACGGAGGAGAUGAUGAAGCAACCACUGCUGGUGUCGAAGCCAAAAAAGAAGGACAUCAACAAAGGAGUAACCGGGGACAUUUAUUUGUUGCCCUCGCUCUGUAAUCCGACAGGACUUUCCAACGAUAUGCGUAAAAAUUUCUCCCUGAUGAAGCGAUUAUCCGAACAUCUCCACAUGGAUCCUACAACUCGCAAGAAAAAGUUGGACGAAUUCAUGUACCGGCUAACGACAAACGAAAAGGUGCAAGAGGAGUUUGCAGCUUGGAACAUCAAAUUUGCUGCUACUGCGCUUAACACUGAAGCCAGAAUCAUGAAGAAGCAGCAGAUCGUUCUUGGACCUGACCCCGACAGUCCAAUCUUGCCUGAUGACAAGGGCGACUGGACGCGCCCAAUGAAGAACUCUCGCAGCGAGAUGUUGAAACCAGAACAUGUGAAGCGCUGGGUGGUCAUGAGCCCGCCAAAGGACGUUCCCGCGACUCGAUCAUUCUUGACCACUCUCAAGAAGAUGGGACAGGAAAUUGGGAUCCAAGUGUCUCAACCUCUGGACAUCAUCGAGUAUGACGUCAAUAGAUACGACCAGACCAUUCUGGAUGAGAAGAUUCGAAACUUCGGACAAUUGGAUCUCGUAUUCUUCGUUCUUCCCAAUAAUACGCUUCGCCGAUAUGCGGAGAUUAAGAACUACACUACGCUCGUGUUGGGAGUUCCAUCCCAAUGCUUUUUGUCGAAGAACUUGACAAACAAAAACCUGAACUCGAUUGCAAGUAAGGUUAUCAUCCAGAUGACAGCCAAAUUGGGCGGUGUACCAUGGUCGGUGAAAGUGCCUCUGAAAAAGCUGAUGGUGUUGGGAUUGGACGUCUACCAUUGCAGCAAUCGAAAAGGAGAAAGUGCUGGAGCGUUGGUGGCAACAAGCUCCCCCUCACUAACAUCGUACCUCUCCUUAGUCUCCUUCCACAAGGACAAAUCCGAGCUGGCAACAAAUCUGUUUACAGAUUUCACGAUUAUGUUGCAAGAAUCCAUGCGCAUCAACCAGUACCUGCCCAGUAAAAUCGUCAUGUAUCGUGAUGGUGUCGGCGAGGGACAAAUUGGCUACGUCCUAUCCCAUGAGAUCGCCCAAAUGAAGCUGGCGAUUACGGAUGUCUACGGAGCAGCCGGAGAGGAGAUGCCCAAGCUCACUUUCGUCAUUGUGACGAAAAAAAUCAACACGCGAGCGUUCUUAAAUGGGAAGCAAAAUUUGCCAGUAGGGACCGUCAUCGACACCGGGGUCACCCUCCCAGAAAGAUACGAUUUCUUUCUCGUGUCCCAGGAUGUACGCCAAGGAACCGUGAGUCCCACAAACUACAACGUGGUUUUGGAUGAAAUGGCGAUGCCGGCGGAUCGGCUCCAGCUCCUAUCUUACAAGAUGUGCCAUCUAUAUUUCAACUGGAGUGGAACGGUGGCCGUCCCAGCGCCAUGUCAAUAUGCUCACAAGCUGGCCUACAUUACUGGCGUCGCCAUUGGAGAAAGGGCCUUGCCAUCACUGACGGAAAAAUUGUGGUACCUUUAAAAAUCUUUCGAAAAAAUAUUUUCACUGUUGCGUUGCUUAUAGUUUAGCAUUUAAUAACGCGACGUUAGUUAUUAGUUUUUUGUAUGAAAAUAUUUACCAUCCUUGUUAUUGAUAAUACAUGUUAUCAUAAAAAAAUUCUAAAGAGUAAUAAAUGAUUAUUCAUAAAAUUUAA